AUGACCAAAGAAACCAAAGUUACCAAAAAACAAGGAAGAUGGAGAAGAAGUUACAAGGCAUGUUUAAGUUGCCGUGCAAGAAAAGUUAGAUGUGAUCUGGGACCCUUUGAUAAUCCACACGCUCCUCCUUGUACAAGAUGCAAACGGGAACAGAGGGAAUGUCUAUUUACAUCAAGAAAUAGAGAAUCAAAAUACAUCGUUUCAGAAGAUGUUUCACCUAUUACUGAUUCAGUAAUCUCAUCGAUGACCGAAUCUGCUACUAUUUCGAAGAGUAAUGGUAACAAUAGCAACAUUAAUAAACUAGUGGACGCAAAUAUGGAUAAUAAAGAUACAACGCAGAACGAUAUGGCUCUCUCUAAUGUAAUCAUUAAUGACGCUGACCUAAUGGUAUCUAACAGCAACAAGAAUAAUCAUAAUGUGGCGAAGACCACAGCGAACAAUAUGAGAAAUAACCUUGGUAAUAGACAUACGUCGAAAGAAAUGUCUUCCAUUAAUGGGAGAUGGGGAGUAGGUGUAACUUCUAUGCAAAAUACUUUAGAAUUUCUUGCCAAUGCGGCAGGUAGUGUUGCACAAGAGAAACAAAGAGAGAAAGGAUUAGCACAGAUAAAUCAAGCGACAAACCAACAAGAAACAAAUAACAUGUAUCAUGAUAAAGAUUUAUCUAGUAGACCUACGCCAUUCCUCGAUCCUUCAGAUGAGAAUAUUUUUGCACCACUAUUGCAAACAUCAGGUUCUCAAAGACCUGCCUCUACCUUAAUGGAAAAAGUGAGAAGUGUAAGACCUGAAACAACUGAUAAAUUAGCACAAAUUGAAUAUAUUGGUUCAAAUAAAUUACUUUCAGAAAGAGAAGCUAUUGAAUUAAUUGAUGCAUUUUUUUUAUCGAUGCAUCCAUACUUCCCAAAUAUUCCUAUUCAACUGCAUGAUGCACAAGCGUUAGCAGAAUAUCCGAUACUGUUAUGUGCAGUGCUUACUGUAUCUUCACGGUACCAUUCACUCGCUGAAUUUGGUCUUUAUAAUGGUGAGGAUAAUAAAAAGAAUGUAGAAGUUCAUGAGAAACUAUGGAGCCAUUGCCAAUGGAUGCUAUCACAAACAAUAUGGGCUGAAGCUAGCACAAGGUCCAUAGGUACCGUAUUGGCAUUCAUUAUAUUAACUGAAUGGAAUCCAAGACAAAUUCAUUUCAAGAAAGAAGAUUACGCCAAUAGUAUAUUUAAGACAGUUGGAAAGAGCGAUAAAGAAAUACCUACAGGCGUUGGUGCUAUUAGACGUAGUGAUAGAAUGGCAUGGAUGUUUACAGGUACUGCUGUUAGACUAGCACAGGAUAUGGGUUUCAUUGAUACUAGUACAAAGAUAUUUGUAGCAACACAUAUAUCUGACACAUUUUCAAGUAUUAAUUUGAACCAGAGACCUGUUUUGGCCGAUACUUUCAGUGGGACUAGCCUCGGAAUGAAUCAUCCUAGGUCAUCAGGGUAUAAAACUGAGUCUGCCUCAGGAGAUAAUGGUGUCGGGAAUGAAAAAUUCUUUUUAGAUGAAAUUUUAAAAAAUGAUGACAGUAAAGAAAGAUGGAAAAAUGUUUUGACUAAUUCUGAGAACAAUUCAAAUGAUCAAGAUUAUGCUUUGACAGAUCUUGAAAGAGAGUUUUUAAAUGAUGAGUAUGUUUUAUACUAUAGAAGCAAAGGUGAUGACUUAUAUGAACAACUGACACCUUUACCGUUUGCCUUGAAUUUCUCACAUGCACAGAGAGCUAAGAUAGAAUUAGUCAGAAUAACGUUGGUGGCUUAUGAAACAAUUUAUUACGACCAAGGGAAAAAGAAAAUGUCAACGAAUGAUCAAGUGCAUAAUUUAGCAGUUCUCGAUAUCCUUUCGCCCCUUUUGGAUGGAUGGUAUGGAAACUACCGUGACUUACUGAAACCUGUACCAGAAAUAGAUUAUGAUAUUAAUAUAAGAAAAAAUAAGAGAGCCGUUUAUCAACUAAGUCAAAUCAUUAAUCGAGAGAGUAUCCUUGCAGAUUAUUAUUAUUGUCAAUUAUAUAUAUACUCUCUUGCAUUACAGGCGGACAAUAAAGAAAAUUGUAAUGGUAAAUUACGAAUUAAUGAAAUUAUAAAGAGUGCAAAAUAUGUCGAGCUUGCAUACGUUGCUGCUAAAGAAAUCUUAGAGUCUGCAUCAAGAGUGCACAAGAUAAAAAUGUUAAAAUAUAUGCCAGUUAGGUGGGUAGUAAGAAUUGUAAGAUCUGUUUCAUUCAUGGUAAAAUGCUAUUUAACAUUAACUACUAAUAAUGGUUCACAAAAUAAAGAUUCACAAUCCAUCCUUAAAUUAUGUUGUAUCUCACUAGAUGAAACGAUCACAACUAUCAGAACAGCUGCUUUACUUCUUAAAGAAGCUACACCCGAUGAACUUCAUUUGUGCGUCAGAUAUUCGGCAAUAUUACUUUAUUUGUGCAAAGAAUUAAAAUUGAAGAAAAAAAGAAGCCAGGAUCUAUUCCUUUCUCGUGGUGUCAUCGUUAAUGAAAACACCACAUCCCAACAAAACAGCUUUAAUCGGAAUCUUAAAAAUAGCACAAACAAAGUCGCGCCGGUCUCAUUAACUGUCGAAACAAAUAAUGUGGGAUCCAAAAAUAUUUCUAAUGGUAUUACGAAGGAUGGAAUUGAUGAGUCUAAAAAUACUAUACCUCACUACAAUGAAAAUAACUCAUCUAACUUCAGUUCGAUAAAAGUUGGCAAUGAAAAUGAAAACAAUGACCCUAGUUAUAGGGAUAUCAUCAAUUAUCAAGCUAAUGCAGGUUUAGGACACAAUACUGGCAUACCAAACAGUGUAAACUAUAGCAACAAUGACAAAGAAGACAUAAUAUCCCACGCGAACGCCGUCAUUUCGGAAGACAAUGCGGGAUAUUUCCAGUCGUUACCGGAUCAAGUCAUCGACUGGUUUGCCGUCAGGGAUGAUAUUGGAUUAGAUUUUGUUGAACCCUGGACUCAAAUGAUAGAGCAACAGUACUUACAGAGCAACAACGACAUAUUCUCCGAAAUUGAGAAUCAACCAUUCUAG